AUAAGAUAGGCAAUGGCGGGAGAAGAGGGGAGGUUCGCUGUCCUGAAAGGGGCGGGAAUGGUUGAUGUAAAAUAUUGACCAUUCAUACAAGGAUAUAUCUUGAUGAGCAGCCUCGUUGUCGAAUGGAAUGAAGUAUAAAGGUUCCCGCCUCACGUAACCUAUAGGUCCCACCCCAGCACGCUUACCAGCGCACUCGCUAGCCAAUAGGAUACCUACACCGGAGGCGGUGGGCGGUCAUGGCGUCGUUGCUAAGGAGGCGUCGUUGCUAAGGUAGCAGCAGUGAAGGAGGGGAAGCUCUGGAUACGGAUCCCGACUCCUCCUGGGUCUCCACUGCGAUCAUGGUCAAGCUGGCAGCCAAGUGCAUAAUGGCAGGAGAUGCCACUGUCGGGAAGAGCACCCUGGCUCAGAUGUUCCGCAGUGAUGGGGCUCAUUUCCAGAAGAACUACACAUUGACCACGGGGGUGGAUUUGCUGGUGAAGUCCUUGGCGGUUCCUGACACAAAUGACAGUGUGGAACUCUUCAUCUUUGAUUCUGCUGGCAAGGAGCUGUUUUCAGAAAUGUUGGAGAAGCUGUGGGAACACCCCAAUCUCUUGUGCCUUGUGUUUGACGUGACCAACGAGCAGUCUUUCAGUAACUGUGCCAAGUGGCUCGAGAGGAUACGGUCCCAGCUGCAAGGCACUUGUCUUCCAGGUGUAUUAGUGGGGAAUAAGACUGACCUGGCUGGCAGGCGAGUGGUGGAAGAGAGUCGAGCCCGAGAAUGGGCUGGAAGCCACAGCCUGGAAUAUUUUGAAACUUCUGCUAAGGAGAUGGAGAACUUUGAAGCCCCUUUCCGCUGUUUGGCCAAAUUGUUCUACCAGCUAUACCGGGAGAGAGUGGAGCUCUUUCAGUCACUGGUGUGAGCACCUCUGCAGGCCUCCGUCCUCAGCCAGCAAGAGAAGUAGGCCUGUGCAGUCAGGAGACUGAUCCACCUGUGUAUAGAGAACUUUCGAAAAUAAAUUUCCAACCAGGACUUUUUUUGCAA